AUGGGAAGGGCUCGGCUGCUUGUUUCAGAUUUCCUUAUGUCUUUCAUGUGGGUAUGGUCUGGGGUUCUAAUUAAGGUAUUCGUCUUCAGAUAUUUGGGGUUGAGUCACCUGACCCUUCUUGAGGCUCUGAAGAUGACGCUUUCCAUUAUAAACAUGUUCUUUUUUGCAUUGUUGGGAAAAUGGACCCAUGGCGGUGCCUACAAUCCUCUCACAGUUUUAGCCGGUGCCGUUUCUGGGGAUUUCAGCAAUUUCCUUUUCUGCGUUGGCGCUAGAAUUCCUACUCAGGUGUUUGGAUCUAUUACUGGGGUUAGGUUCAUAAUUGCCACAAUUCCUGAAGUAGGACGAGGACCGCGUUUGAGCACUGACAUUCAUCGAGGUGCUUUGACAGAAGGAUUACUAACAUUUGCAAUUGUCAUCAUCUCACUUGGGCUUGCCUCAAAACUUCCUGGAAGUUUCUACAGGAAGACUUGGAUUUCCAGCAUUUCCAAGCUAACACUUAAUAUAUUUGGCGCUGAUCUAACUGGUGGUGUUAUGAACCCAGCCUCUGUAAUGGGAUGGGCCUACAAUCGAGGGGAUCAUAUUACCAAAGAGCACAUCCUUGUAUACUGGCUUGCCCCCGUAAAGGCAACUUUACUUGCAGUGUGGGUAUUCAAAUUACUAGUUAAGCCUGCAACACAAGAGGAAACCAGCACCAAGACUAAAUCAGAUUGAUGAAACCUUAUCCAGUGCUAAUUCUCUGAUUGCUUCUGGCUUUCAAUUAACAUACUUAAAGAUUUGAGAUUCUGUUGUGUAUAUGCAUUCAUCAGGUGGCUAACACGUGAUCAUCGUUCCAUAUGAUUUGUAGUAUAAAUGAUGCGUGCUCAUUUGUAAGUGUCGUUAUGGCUAUGAGCCCUGCCAUUUCUCUGACCGUAUCAACUUAAGCCCUUGUACAUUAUUGUGCUUGCAUAAUGCGUAUGAGCUUGUGUUCGUGGGUUUACUUGUUAA